GCCUCAAACGUCUCUCCAGUGUGACCUGUAGAGUACACUCUGACUGAUGCUUAGCGAGCUAUUGCGCUAAAUCAUGGCGAACUCCAUGGAUUAUGCCUUUGCGGCUGGAGAAGAAAGCGACGGCAGCGAAGCUGAGUGGCACAUCUCGCCUUAUUCGGAUAAAACCUCUGGUUGCAUUAAGGAGCUGGAUGCUGUUCAACAACAAGGAGAAGAUAGUGUGUCAGCUUUGAAAAAAGCUAUCAGUAACGGAGACACAGACACUGUUAAACAGCUGUUGGACAAUGGUGUGGAUGUGGAGACCAGGCUUGGAUUUGAAUGGACUCCACUUAUGUGUGCUGUCAGCGUGGCCAACUAUGACCUGGCCAAACUGCUUCUGGAUAGAGGGGCCAGUGCCAAUUUCAGCAAAGAUCACUGGACGGUGCUCAUGGCCAGCUGCACGGCAUCUGCCAGUGAGGACAAAAUUGCACGUUGCGUGGAGCUUCUGCUGUCCAGAAAUGCUGACCCCAACAUGGUGGACAGGUCCCAAAUGACCUGCCUCAUGCUGGCAGCCAGGGACAACUACAGUAAAGUCAUCAACAUCCUGGUGUCCCAUGGGGCUGAAAUCAACAUCCAGGAACGCAGUGGAUACACAGCUUUGACUGUGGCAGUGCAGUAUGGAAGAGAGGAGGCAGUGCUGAAACUCCUCCAGCUGGGAGCAAACAAAACCAUCAGGACAAAGACUGGCAAAAGCCCUGCUGAUCUGGCUGAGAGCUUCAAACACAGACAGAUUUCGAGGAUCUUGGCCUCUUCCUCAAACAUCUCUAAUGUCCAGGCCUUUGGAUCCAUGGAGGACACGCUAUCUAAAUUCUUCAAGACUAACUCUGAAUUUCCAACUCCCAAGGAGAGUGUAAGCAAGCUUGAUGACCUGGAGCUCCUCCUGCAUGGCCUUAACCUGGGCUACCUCACUGACAUUAUGACUGAAAAUGAUAUCACCUGGAGUUACCUGCUGACCAUGGAGGAGGACGACCUUAAGAAGAUUGGUGUCACAGACCCAGAGGACCUGAAGAAGGUGCUGACUGCUGUGCAACAGAUGCACCUGGACAAAGUGGACCUGGAAACAAUCAGGCAACUGGGACCUGCAGACAGUGGGAGUGAGGAGCUGCAAAACUUCCUCAUAAGUAUCAGUCAGCAGUGCUGCUACCUGACAGAGACCAUUCAAGACGUCUUAAAUCGAUUCCCUCGCCAACCCGCUCAGUUGGUUUUCUCCCUGGACCCAAAGAAGGAGGCUCAGACCAUCUGCAACCAGCUAGUGGUCCAGACAAAAGAUCUCCAAAAGGAAGUCACCUGCCUCCGCAAUCUGCUUUGCCAGAUGGAAGAAUUCAAAGAUUCCUGUCAGCCUCCUCAGCCUGGUUUCCAUAACAACAGGAGGAUGUGGUCUCUGACCACCAGAUUUGCUCUGAGCACUCUCGGAGUCACCUUCCUCGUACUGCUCUACAAAGCUUCCAGUGGCAAGGUUUCCCUACAGUGCAGGGAUACUUUUUGAUCGCCUCACAGAUUUGUGAGGUCUUUUGUGUUUGUUGACUGUAGCUAAAAAGUUGGAUAAGUAUUGUGUUUAUAUGUGUUACGGGUGUUUGACAGGCAUUCAGUUUUAAUUUUGCUACAGUGGGUUUUUUUUCCCAGUUUGUUUUGACUUGUCACUGAGUUUAAUUCUUAUUCUUUUUAAGUUAUUUUAUAUUUUAAUGGUUUGAACAAUUAAAGUUUUUCUUUUGAGAGUACGUUUCUUGUAUGCUCGAUUUAAGGUUGAAAUCGGGAUGCUUUCUAUAUUGGUGCCUGCCAGAUGUUGAGUAUAGAGUCUUGGCCAUCACCAUCAGUGUUUUGAAACUAAAGACAAGCAAGUGGUGUAUCUGAUUGGGAAACCAAGGACACUGCACUUUCAACUUGUGGUGACAUGCAUGUCUAUUUGUUUUCCAUUUUCAACUAAAAGUGACAAUAAACUUAAAGUGACAGACUGAGACCAUAAAUUCAUCAGGAAAGUGUUUGUUGAAGUUACAAGUUUUUGGGGUAGUGGGCUCAUUUUUUUCACAGGGCUUCUUUUUGCACCCUGCUGAUCAUCUUAAAGACUACAGGUGUAAGGCUUUGCAAAGUCGCUGUCCUUAGACCGACUGCUUGAUCCUUUGUAAUAUACAGUCUAUAAGAAAACCUAGAGGCAUGUGGAAAUGUGAAGCCUGCUCUCCCAAAUAUACAGAAGGAUGCAAUGCCAAGUUUCUCCGAGUAGUUUAUCAGAGGUUUUUUUUUUUGUUGCACUAGGUUAUUUUGUAAGAGGAAAUCAUCACAUUUAUAUGAGCCAUAGGUGAAUUUUCUAACAAUAGAAGGGGGCAGAGUGCUUUUUCUUCUUGCUGGUAGCUAAACUGAGUCUGACAAACAAACCAUAGGUGUGAAAGUGAUAUCAGUUUUCUCCCUAAAUCGCAGAAAGAAAUCCAAUCUGUAUUUCAAAAAUGAUUCAAGUGGAUUCCUGUGAUGUUAAUGACCAGAUUUAGCUUUUGCUGGUUGAAUAUUUUCAAAUGUCCAGCUGAUACGUUUAAAAAUCACAAACUCUUCAAAGUCCUUAUUGUCUGAUUUUGUGCCAUUUCCUUUUCAGUGUUCACAAACUUUAUUGUGCGCAAGUAUUAUCAAAAAUACCUUUCUGUCCGUAAAACAUGCAAUGAAACUGUGACCUUAAUGCGAUUUGGUAAGGAAGUGAACAAAUUACUCCCAUAAAAUUGGAUUUAUAUCACA